AUGCGAAUCGGCGAAUCGGCAAGGCAUCAUCGCAACAGCGAAAUCAAAACUCAGAAGGAAGAGUCGGCGUCCACCAUCAUCGACAGAAGAAAGGGAUAUAACUUGAACUAUUUUAAAAUGGAACAUCAAUCUGCUGCAAAGAAAGGAAAGACGAUAGCCUCGUAUUUUAAGAAAAGAGAUCGUCAAACUAGUGAAAGUACUUCAAUUCCCACUGUCCCUAUAAUGCAACAUCAAUCUUGUGAAAGUCUUCCAAUUCUUAGUGUCCAAAUUCCUUCAAUUUCCUCUUCUAGCGACAAUCAUCAGUUAUCCUCUAGUUGUAUUGAACGAGAUCCAAGAAAAAGAAAACAGAUAUGUGAAUAUCAUAUUAAUGUACGAGAUGAGAUAAGACGCUCAUAUCUAAAGAUGGGGCCUUAUCAACCAGAUAUGUUGGAGUAUCCGGCUACAAAAUUUGGAAGUCAAAAUCGUCGAUUUCAAAAAAAAUGGUUCCAGAAAUUUCAUUGGUUGGAAUAUUCACCUUCAACAAAUAAGGCAUAUUGCUUUUAUUGUUUUCUUUUCCUGAAUGAUGUUAAUUCGUCAAAUAUCUCGACAUUGGUCAAUGAAGGAUUUGACAAUUGGAAAAGGGUAAAUCAAGGAAAAACAUGUGCAUUUCUUGCCCAUAUUGGUUCUGCAGCUUCUUCGCCUCAUACUAUGUGCGAGAGAAAGGCUGAAAAUUUGAUGAGACCCUCACAACAUAUUGAUAAUGUCAUGCAUGCCCAAUCUAAAGAGGAAAAAGAAAAAAAUCGUUUGCGUUUGAGGACCUCAAUUGUCACUGUUCGCUGGCUAGCACUUCAAGGGUGUGCCUUUAGAGGUAAUGAUGAAUCUCUAUCUUCAUCUAAUCGUGGGAAUUUUCUUGAAUUAGUAAAGGCUUUUGCAAAAAUGAGUACAGAAAUUGAUAAAGUUGUACUUGAGAAUGCUCAAAAAAAUGCUCAAUAUAUCGCUCCAGAAAUUCAGAAAGAGAUUUUACAUAUUAUGGCUAAUAGAGUACGAAAGAUGGUUCGUGAAGAAGUUGGUGAUAAAUAUUUUUGUAUUCUUGUUGAUGAAGCACGAGAUAUAUCUAAACGAGAGCAAAUGACCAUUAUCUUGAGAUUUGUGAAUAAUUAUGGGGUUUUGACAGAAAUAUUUUUUGCCAUCAAAAGUAUUAGCGAUACUACCUCAUUGAAUCUGAAAAAAGAAAUAUCAAAUGUUCUUGUUCAUCAUGACCUACAAGUUAAGAAAAUCAGAGGCCAAGGAUAUGAUGGUGCUAGCAAUAUGCGUGGCGCAUGGAAUGAACUUCAGGCAUUAUUUCUCAGAGAUUGUCCCUAUGCAUACUAUGUCCAUUGUUUUGCCCAUCGAUUACAACUCACAUUGGUUUAUGCAGCCAAGGAUGUUAGUGUUAUUUGGGAGUUCUUUUCUCAUUUGGAUAAUAUAGUAAAUAUUGUUACUUCUUCUACUAAACGCAUUGCUGAGUUACAUACUGCACAGAUAAUUGAAAUCGAGCAUAUGUUGGCAAUUGGAGAACGUGAUUCUGGAAGUGGGGCCAAUCAGAUUGGUAAUUUACAGCGAGCGGGAGCUACUCGUUGGAGUUCUCACUAUGACUCAGUAAAAAGCUUGAUAGGUAUGUAUGCUGCAACUUGCAAAGUUUUUGAAGUUCUUAGUGAUCAUUCUCCAAAUGGAAGAGCUAAGGCUGAAGUUCGGGGGAUUUAUAGAAACAUGGCAAGCUUUGAAUUUGUGUUCAUUUUGCAUUUAAUGCAUAAAAUUAUGAGAACAACAUAUUCUCUUUGUCAAAUUCUUCAAAGAAAAUCUCAAGAUAUUUUAUCUGCUAUUACAUUUAUCUCUACUACCAAAACUAUCCUCCAAGAACUUAGAGAAUGCGGGUGGGAAGAUUUUCUUCAUGAAGUGAAAGUUUUUUGUACGAGAAAUGAAAUUGAUGUGCCUAACCUUGAUUGUCUAUAUAAGAUUGGUCGUUCCCGUCAGCAAACUACAGUUGAGCAUCAUUACCACUUUGAUGUUUUUAAUGCAGCAAUAGAUUUCAUCUUGAUGGAGUUAAAUACUCGAUUUAAUGAGUCAUCAGUGGAACUUCUUUCUCUUACUUGCAAUGAAGAUUUCACAAAUCAAGACAUUAUUGCUUUGAAGUAUGAAUUGGUACAUUAUAAACUUGAUGUGAUACAAAACUUGAAGGCUUCUACACUUGUUGAUUUAUGUCAGCAAUUGACUGAGAGUGGACGGUCAAAGGUUUAUGUUAUGUUGACUAGAUUGAUUCAUCUAGUUUUGACGUUACCUGUUUCUACUGCCACUACUGAGCGAGCCUUUUCAGCAAUGAAGAAUGUGAAGACAGCACUUCGCAAUAAAAUGGAGGAUGAAUUUCUUGAAGAUUGUUUGACAAUUUAUAUUGAACGAGAUUUAGCUAAGGAUAUAGAUGUAGAUUCUAUUAUAGAUGAAUUUUAUGUUUCAAAAUCUCGUAGAGCACAACUUUGUUGA